CAACUAAAUUUUCAAAGUUAGCGAAUGGCGGUGCAGGAGGUUGUCGAUUUUGUCCAGGAGCAGGAGCUAAUAAGCGCACGGUACCUCAACGUGGAGCUCCAGUUCAUCUGCCUGAACUGCUUCAACGCGCUGCAUCAUUAUGAGACAGAGCAUGUGUCUAGGAACUGGUACAAUACCUUGGCAGGAAUGCUGUAUAAAAAUGAUGUCACACGUCUUCAUCCUUUGACUACCAAGCUGGUCGGCAUGAUCUCCCUGGCCACCACAAUGACUGCCUGUUUCACCGUGGGUCCCAGUCCAGAGCGACUGUCCCGCAUAGGAGACUUCCUGGAGAGUGUGGCCGAUUACUCAGAGUUUAAGGAGGACCAACAGCUAGCCCAGGGAAUGGCCAAACUAAGGGAGAUGUACAGCCAAGUCUUGAAAAGUUCCUCAAAUCUUGCGUUGUGUGAUUUCCGGUCAGAGAUGCUUGAUCUGAUAAGCUCAGCAAUAGCCAAAUUUUGGCCACUCAUGAAAUAUUAUAAGGGGAUCCAGAUACAGCGAAUAACACCUCCAUCACCACCAAAAUCUCCUCUACCACCAGAAUCUCCCCGACCAACAAUCCCUCAAAUUCCAAGCAACCAACUUUCCGACUCAAGCGAUGAUUCACCCAACGACUUGGACCAGGACGAAAUUGCUAGUGCCACGUGGCUGAAUCAAGCACGAGUAUCAGUAGGGGGUGGUCUAAACGAGGGUGCAUCUGCCAGUAAGGAGGCUGGCGGUCAGACUAUAGGAGCAGCGGAACGAAUGGAUGUCAGCUCUGGUAGCGAGGGAGAGGAGGAGGAGGAGGACGUGAGCAGCAAGAAGAAGCGAGUAUUGAUCGUCGAUUCUGAUUGUGAUUCUGAGAUUAAGACCCUUCGACGAAGAGUUAGCUACUCCCAAACUCCAUCGCCAGUCCCAUUACGAGAAGUGUGGAGCAGCGACGAAUCAGAUAAUGUACCUGUCAGGUCAAGACACUUCAGGGGUGCUCCUGCGAAGGCUAAACGUCCACGGAAGAGCAAAGUUCCCUGGACUAGUAAAGAAGAGCAGGCUCUGAUUAGAGGAGUCCAAAAAUUUGGAGCUGGAAAGUGGAAGCUUGUAUUAUUGAACUCCAAUGAUUUUCACCCAUCACGAAAUUCUUGCAGCCUGAAGGACAAGUAUAGGAUUUUGCUCAAGCAUGGAGUCGUUUAAUAGCUAGUGUUGCCUUCUGUGAACCUUUCAACGUUUUUGGCAGGUUAUGGUUUUGAGUUUUCUGAUCGCUUAUAAUUUUAUAUAUCUAAUCUUUUUAUCACACUAUGGUUUUGAGUUUCAACAUAAAACUACAUGUAACAUGAUUGUAUAUAUUAUUGAACACAAAUUUGUUGUAAUAAUAUUCAUUUCUUGUUUUUGUCAUUAAUUUACUUCUGAAUAAUUUGUUAUGUGUUGGAGUAA